CGCAAGAGAGGCGGCCAUCGAUGCCUCGGGGCUCGCGGCGUCGAGUCUGGCUCCUCGGGAAAGACGCGGAGGCGGGGGCUAGAGCGGCGGAAGCGGGACGCAGCGCAGCGGGCGGAGGCGCCGCGGACCGUCUGGGCAGAAUGUCACGAUGGACGAGGGGGGCAUGCCCCUGCUCCCCGACAGCCUUAUCUACCAGAUCUUCCUGAGCCUGGGCCCUGCAGAUGUGCUGGCUGCUGGGCUGGUUUGCCGCCAGUGGCAGGCUGUAUCCCGGGACGAGUUCUUAUGGAGGGAGCAGUUCUACCGGUACUACCAGGUGGCUCGAGAUGUGCCCCGCCACCCAGCGGCCACGUCCUGGUAUGAGGAGUUCCGACGGCUCUACGACAUGGUACCCUGUGUGGAGGUGCAGACACUGAAGGAGCAUACCGACCAGGUCCUGCACCUCAGCUUCUCCCACUCGGGGUACCAGUUUGCUUCCUGCUCCAAGGACUGCACGGUGAAGAUCUGGAACAACGACCUGAGCAUCUCCCUGCUGCACAGCGCAGAUAUGAGGCCGUACAACUGGAGCUACACCCAGUUCUCGCAGUUCAACCAAGAUGACUCGCUGCUGCUGGCCUCAGGGGUGUUCCUGGGGCCGCACAACUCCUCCUCAGGCGAGAUAGCUGUCAUCAGCCUAGACUCCUUCGCCCUGCUGUCCCGUGUGCGAAACAAGCCCUAUGAUGUGUUUGGCUGCUGGCUCACAGAAACCAGCCUCAUUUCGGGGAACCUGCACCGCAUUGGAGAUAUCACCUCCUGUUCAGUGCUGUGGCUCAACAAUGCCUUCCAGGAUGUGGAGUCGGAGAAUGUCAACGUGGUAAAGCGGCUCUUUAAGAUCCAGAACCUCAACGCUAGCACCAUCCGCACGGUGAUGGUGGCCGACUGCAGCCGCUUUGAUAGCCCGGACCUCCUGCUGGAUGCUGGGGACCAGGCUGGGCUCCCCUGCCGAGUCUUCGACCUAGGUGGGGACAGUGAAGAAGAGCCCCCUGGCCCGGGUUUGCACACCUCUGGUUCUGGCCGCGUCAAGGAAGGUUUGCGGCGCAUGUUGGAUAGCGUGUUGGAUGGACACGCACAGCUAUCAGACUGUGCACUGGAGGCCAAGGUGGCUGAGCUGCUGGCCCAGGGCCACACCAAGCCCCCAGAGUGUAGUGAUGCUGACACCAGGAACAAGUACCUCAUCUUCACCACUGGCUGCCUCACCUACUCACCCCAUCAGAUCGGCAUCAAACAGAUCCUGCCACACCAGAUGACUACAGCAGGGCCUGUGCUGGGUGAGGGCCGGGGCUCCGAUGCCUUCUUUGAUGCACUGGACCAUGUCAUUGACGUGCACGGGCACAUCAUUGGCAUGGGCCUGUCUCCUGAUAACAGGUACCUGUAUGUGAAUAGCCGCGCCUGGCCUCCUGGCUCAGUGGUAGCUGACCCCAUGCAGCCACCACCCAUUGCAGAGGAGAUUGACCUGCUGGUGUUUGACCUCAAGACCAUGCGGGAGGUGAAGCGGGCUCUGCGAGCGCACCGUGCCUACACGCCCAAUGACGAGUGCUUCUUCAUCUUCUUGGAUGUCAGCAGGGAUUUUGUGGCCAGUGGGGCUGAAGAUCGGCAUGGCUAUAUCUGGGACCGCCACUACAACAUCUGCCUAGCCAAGCUGCGGCAUGAAGACGUGGUCAACUCGGUGGCCUUUAGCCCCCAGGAGCAGGAGCUUUUGUUGACAGCCAGCGAUGAUGCCACCAUCAAAGCCUGGCGCUCACCACGCACUGUUCGUGUCCUCCAGGCCCCACGCCCACGCCCACGUCCCUUCUUCUCCUGGUUUGCCAGCCAUAGGCGCUGAAGGCUUCAGUGACUUGAGCCAUUGGGACCCACUGGGGAAAAUGAUACCCUGUGGUUCUUUACUGCACUGGGGCAGAGUAGCUCAUAGCAGUCAUGCCUUAGGAGGGGACAGCCUGACCCCAACACUCACAUGCACCUGCUCACUUAGCCGUCAGGCUCGGCACUAGGGUAGUAGCCCUUGUUGGCAGCACCAGAGAUCCCAUGUCAGCCUCUUGGCCAGUGCAAGUCCUGCUCUUCACUCGCCCUCUUCCCUGGGCUGGCAGCUCCACAGCUCCAGGCUGACCACUGCCUGGAUACCUUUCACACUCAGCAAAACCCACACCCUUGGAUAUCCUGGUGUGCCCUGGGUGACAGGCCAUAGGCUCUGGCCUCUGAUAAUUUGGCUUGUGCUACUGAUUAAGCGGCCUGCAGUGACCAUGGGCGCUGCAUGUCACACUUAUCAACUGUUUGGGUUGAUGAAUAAACAGUUGGCAACAGCA